GAAUCAACUUAGAAUCAACUGUUAGUACUCAAGUAGACUAGGAAGACAACUAUUUUUUCUUGCUUAUCAGGGCCGCGAGUUUCCGAAGGUCAGAUUUACGUUCGUUCGGGUUCAAGAAAGGCUUUCCAAAUGCCAGCUAUUUUCUUUUUCUUUUCUUUCCCUUUAUUUUCUGGAAUCAUCAAGGACCCAGCAUCUAGCUUCAGUAAUCAGCUUCAUCUUUCUGUGUUCCGGACAAUUCAGUCCAAGCGUGGCUUUCUGCGUUUAGCUACCCGUUACAUUUAAUUGAGAGCGUCUGACGUACUCAAUAUAUUUGUAAUAGACGGAAGCUAAAUCCCGACGUCUAGAACCUCGGUAGAGCAAAGGAACCUAAAAGGUUCUAAUGACUGCAGGUGUUUUUCAGUCUUCCACAAUGCAACGCUGAUUAAUGAGUUAUCUAAUUAGUGAUUUGGUCCUGCUGUCUAGUAUAAUUGGAACUCUAGCAACCCCCAAAAGAAAACUAACACAUACAACCACUUCAGCCUUGAGACUCUUCCUUCGCCUAUUUCGUUUAAGAAUGGAGUUCUUCAGAACACCAAUGGCAUAGAAGCUAUCAAGUAUCUUCUUGUUCGUGGUUGUUGACACAAUUUGGUUGUCUUGUAGGAUGCAUUGAUUAUUUAACAACUUUAAUAUCCAAUCAAGACUGUCUUGCAACUGAAGGUUUACAUAUGAAACAACGGCCUCCAUUGUUCAAGGAUUACUUACAGAUUCACGUCUUUGAAUUGAUCUAAACUCGAAGCAUAAUCAUUAUGGUGUUUAUCGCUUUUCGAAUUCUUCUGUCAGUAGUUUAAACUAGAAGCUUAAGCUGACAUUUUCUUGAGGUUUCGACAACUUUUGAUUCUCCUGUAUUUUGGGAAGCGCUUGGUUUUUCUAUCCUUCCAUCGAUGGAUGUAAAUAAUACCACGAUGGAGAGCUACAUAAUCAUUAGUAAUCGGUUCAAAAUACCUUUGUUUUGUAUCUUGGUAUUAGAGUUGUCAGUUGGUUUUAUGUCUUGUGCAAGUGUUAUAUGGAUUUACUGGAAGAAACGGCAUAUCCGAACAGCAGCAAACUUCUUCAUCACAAAUCUUGCGGUGGUGGACGCUCUGAUCAGUGUCUUUGGAAUAUCCUUUACAAUCGCUCGUCUUGGUUUAUUUCCUCUGCAUUCACAGUUAUUUUGUCUUUCUCACGAAGGGAUAACGUCCGCCUUGAGGAAUGCUUCAGUAGCGACAUUGUUAUUGAUCAGUUAUGACCGAUACGAAUCGAUUACCAAUCCAUUUAGGCUUCGGAUAAAUUUUAAAAAGGCAAAACGUGCUUUGUUUUUCCUUUGGUUGUUUGCCGGUAUUAGCUUUACUUUGCCGUUCAUCGAAUAUGGCGUUAAAAAAGACAACAUUCAUCCAUUGCAAUCCUGCGUCUACUUUUUCAGCAAAACAUCCUCAAGUUACAGAAUUCGACUUUACUAUUUCCCAGUAUUUUUUAUUGCAACGAUAAUAACUUUGCCGUGCUACUGGAGAAUUUCAAAAGCAGCUUUAUCAAGGAUUCAUCAUAUUCAAUCUAUUGUGGUAAAGACAUCCUUAGUGAUACCAAUGGGACCUAGUUUGGAUAGACGGAGAGAAACGACACAUCUAAGACAAAAGGAAUGGAAAGUUGCAAAGAUGACUGGGGCAAUAAUGUGUUCCGUGUGCAUCCUAUGGUUCCCUUACAUGAUAUUUACAUUUAUUCUGAGCUUCCGUACGCCAAACUCAACUCUAGCUAAAUUGGAGUACAUUUUUCUAGUACUAGGAUAUUUAAACUGUACUUUGAAUCCACUUCUCUACGCCUUCACUAAACAGAAAUUCAGAAAUGCCUUCUUGCGAACUUUGCCAAAAUUUGGGAAAUGGAAGAACACAUAGAAGAAGUUCCAAUGCUGAAAGGAGCUGUUUGUUGAAUGUUCUUCAAAUAGUGUGACAGAAUGACAUACGUAAAGGCUUAUUAAGCAAACAAAGGCGUCUCUAUGUAUUUGAUAUUACAAGUUUUCGUUAUUAUUUGUGGCGUGUGCUUGAAUUUUCCUGUUAAGGGAAAACUAAUUGUCGCUAGUUUCCUCUGUAAUUUAACUCAAAAAACUAAGCGAGAAUUCGCUUCAUUCAAUCAAAUCAGACGGACUGUUGUUUUUUUUUUAAAGAUUAUCGCAUCGUGAAUACAGUUUUUUGUACAGUACGCGCAUUUGCCUUUGAUCGGACGCUUUAAGAUAACCGCCUCUUCAAUAUAACCCCAUUCAUGGUACAAACACGAAAACCAAUUUCAUGUUUAAAUUCCCCAUCAUUUAUAUUUACAGUUUGCAAUUUAUUCAUCUCUCUAGAAAUAUAAGCAAAAAGAUUCAAGAAACUUUAUAUUGUGUUUCAAAGAGUGAUGCUUUGUACAAAUUUUUUUUGGAAAAAUAUAAAAAAAGUUUGAUGUGUAAUGUUUAUCAUAAAAACAAUAAAAAUAACCUAUGGAUACACAAAUGCACCUAA